CUUGUCUGCAGUAGUGAUGAUGGAUGAAUGAUGCUUUGCCAGUUAUCAUUUAGAAAGCCUUAAAUUUAGUAAUAAAUCUGAUUAAACAACAGGUAGCCUACACUAACUGGAGUACAUAUGAAUCUAUAAGUGUACAUUAUUUGUCUUUAUGGGCAACGCUGAAAUAGUGAAAUCGCUGGAUAUAAUGGGAGACAGUAAUCAAAGUGGUGUCAUCAAUAGAUCUAUAAGUGAUCGCGAGCGCUUUAAGAGCCUGGAAGACAUUGAUGUGACCGCCGACGGGAGUCCAGUGUUGAGAUGCUUGAUCUCCAUCACCUACUCCGUGGUUUGCGUCGUAGGUCUGAUUGGGAACCUGUUGGUGUUCUUCUUUAUUCGCGUGAGACAAGAGAGACGCACAUCUAAAAUAAACUUUUUCAUUCUCAAUUUGGCCGUCACGGAUUUUCAGUUUGUGUUGACUUUGCCUUUCUGGGCCGUGGACACGGCGCUGGACUUCAGCUGGCCGUUUGGAGACGCCAUGUGUAAGAUCAUCCUGUCGGUGACCGUGAUGAACAUGUACGCGAGCGUCUUCUUCCUGACCGCGAUGAGCAUCACGCGGUACUGGUCAGUGGCUUCAGCUCUGAAGGACCGCAGCAGACAGAGCAGCUGCUCCAUCAGGUGGGUCAGCGUCGUCCUGUGGUCCCUGGCCACCGUGGCCACCGCGCCAACAUCCAUCUUCUCCACAGUCACCAACGUGGCCGGCGAAAAACUUUGUUUAUUGCGGUUCCCCGACGGACAGUAUUGGUUGGCAGUCUAUCAUCUCCAGAAAAUACUGAUCGCUUUUAUUGUGCCCAUGGCAAUAGUGUCCGUCAGUUAUCUGCUGCUGUUGAGGCUCAUCCGUCAGCGGAGCAUGAAGAACAACUCAAAACGAAGAACGCAAGUCACAAAGUCCGUCACCAUCGUGGUCUUGUCGUUCUUCCUCUGCUGGAUGCCCAACCAUGCCAUAACGUUUUGGGGCGUGCUGGUGAAAUUCAAUGCUGUGCAUUGGGAUAAGUCGUACUAUAUCGUUCAUACCUAUGUGUUUCCGGUGACCGUGUGCCUGGCGCACGCGAACAGCUGUUUAAACCCAUUUAUUUACUGUCUUAUGCGUAAAGAGUUCAGGAAAAAACUGAAGGACCUGUUUCUCCGAGUUUGAAAGCAGUAAGUGUGCGUGCAUCCCGCGCUACUGAGUCCUGGGGAACAAACGGUAUUCCUUGUCGAAGGGGUUAUUUUACCCAAAAUGUAGGCUAACUGUUAGUCAUUAUUUACUCAACCUCAUGUUCUUCUAAGUCUGUAUGACUUUAUUUCUGGAGUGGAGCUCAAAAGGGAUGUCAGAUCACAGAUUUGGGACAGCAUGAGGGUGAGUAGCCUAAAUAAGAAUAGAAGUGGUAUUUUUUGGGUGAACUGACAGUACCUACAACAGUAUAAGCAUGGUGUACAGUUGUAUUGCGUACAUGUCUUUGUAUUUGUUGUUCUUUGUGAAACAUUAUUUUAAAAUAGCCCAACUUUCGAUAUAAAAUGUGACCUUAAUUUUGCUUAAAAAACAACAACAGAAAAACGCUGCAUUCAGUGCACUUUAACAAUUCCUCUUCCAUGAAAUGUUAAAAAUAAUAAUACAGUAUUGUGCACUUUAUAUCUCAGUUCUAGGGGUAAUUGUGUGUAUCUCAUUGUUUCUGAGUGUUAAAUUAAAAUCUAUUUAAAUUCAAUUACAAACUGACUUUAAUAAAGACAGAAUAUAUAAGAGACCAUCCAUGUUUCUGAGGAUUAUGUCUGGGCAAAUAUAAGGCUUUGGGUCACAUUUCCAGUUUUUCAAACACAUUGUUUUAAACCCUCUUAAAUCUUUGUGAAUUUCAUCCUCCGAAAUUAAAUUCCAGCGUCAUUAUUUUGCUAUAGCCUUUGGGUAACAAGUGAACAUAUUAAAACCACACUGAGCCUGUUAGAUUUAAACCUAAAGGCUAAACUGUGUUUUCAGGAAAAGGUUAUUUUGCAUAAAAGUGAGACCAGGGCAGGUUAGAAUAUUAUUUGUUGCCAAAAACCUUGGCUUGAUAUUGUAGGAUAUUACCUUUGAUGUUUUUGCUGUUUUUUAAAUUAUUUUGUAUAGUUAUAAGCUGAAAAGCAUAUAAUAAGAUGUUCAAUGGCAAACUCCAUUUUGACAACUUACCAUACAUGCUAUUGGUCAAUGAACAGUGCAUUUGUUAAAUGAACAUUAUUUAUUUAUUUAUCUAUCUGGGCAAUAAGACUUAGAUUCAAUAGCAUUUUGCAGUUAGGAUUUGACAAUACAAAAUAAACCUACCCUAAGUAAUAUAAUUUGUAAAUAAAAUAGUGUCACUAGCCCUACAUUAUAUUAUAAGCCAUUUACAAUUAUACAAAAAAACAAAAAAACAAACAAACAAAAAAAAAAACACACUUUCUGAACACCAUCAGUUAAUUUUGAGCAAAAGCCAAAGUAAAAGUUUCGGUCCAAUCUGCUGAUUGUCCUUUUCUCUCGCACUCACUGAUUGACAACACGCUUUCUGAAUUUCCCUCUCACAGUGCUUCCCUGUCAGUCUUGUGUCAUUCUCAAAUUCAGUUAGGAUUACUGACAGACACUCACACAAG